AGAAGCAACGUAUAUCCAUAGCCAGGUAUGUCGAAGAGGGAUUUUCAAAAUCCUAGAUUUUGGUGACCUCGUAUUCUUGUGCAAUUAAACAUUUGUAACUGACCAUUAUUUUUUUCUUGACAUCCUUACUAUAUAUCACCAGAGCCUUGAUAAUGAAACCGAGAAUUAUUCUCCUUGAUGAGGCAACUAGUGCAUUGGAUUCAGAAUCUGAGAUUGUUGUCCAAGAGGCAUUGGACAAACUGAUUAAGGAAGACGAAGGUAACCAAACGGUUAUCGUUGUCGCCCAUAGGCUCUCUACCAUCAAAAAUGCUGAUAUGAUAGCUGUUUUGUCCGGUGGAAAAAUCGUAGAAACCGGAAAGCACGCCGAGUUGAUUUCGAAGAAGGGCACUUACUAUGGUCUUGUACAGGCUCAAAAAGGAGAAAAGGAAGAGGAAGCAGAUGAGGCUGGGCAGCCUUCUCGUAGAAGCAGUGUGGCUGAGACAGAGGUUGGUUCAGCAGCCAUCUCAACAGACUCAGAGAAAGACGAUUUAAUCAAGUUCCAUGAAGUUGACUUUACGUAUCCAUCACGCCCCGAACAACAAAUCUUUCGUGGUUUGGAAAUGAGCGUGAAGAAAGGCGAGACUCUUGCUAUUGUGGGUCCAAGGUAAGUUAACAGCUAUGGCAUUCUGAUCUUCAGUAGGGAUUUUUGAAGUUAUCUGACCAUAAUGCUUCGUUGCCAACCCUUAAUCAGUGGCCAAGGUAAAUCAACUGUGAUUCAACUAAUUGAACAAUUCUAUCGUCCUGRUGGAGGCCAAUUGUUCUACAAAGGUGUCCCAAUGACUGACCUAAAUGUGGGAUGGCUACGAAGUCAGAUGUCUCUUGUUGCGCAAGAACCUGUCCUUUUUGACAUGAGUGUUCGAGACAACAUCCGAUUCGGAAAGGAAGAUGCCACGCAAGAAGAUAUCGAAAAGGCUGCUAAGGAAGCAAAUUGUCACGAUUUUAUUUCGGAAUUUCCAGRUGGAUACGACACCAUCGUCGGGUCUGCAGGUACUUCACAAGUGUCAGGUGGCCAGAAGCAGAGGAUUGCUAUUGCUCGAGCUUUAUUACGAGAUCCAGAAAUCUUGCUCUUGGACGAGGCAACAAGUGCAUUAGACUCGGAAUCAGAACGGGUCGUUCAGAAGGCACUAGACAAAAUUACUUUGAAUAAGAACCGAACGGUGGUGCAGAUUGCUCAUAGAUUGUCGACCGUGCGAAAUUCUGACCGGAUCAUUGUUCUUAACAACGGCAAGGUGAGAGAAAAUGGAACGCAUGAUGAACUCAUGGCUCUCAAGGGACAUUACCAUCGUCUUGUAGGGCUACAAAAUCUAGACGAUGAUAAAGAUAGAAAGGCUCAUUCUGAGGCAUUGCAAGAUAACAAGGUCUCUGAGUCGUUGGUAAAUUCAAAGAAUGGCGCUGAGAAAGAUCCUGUAGGGGACUACGAGGAUUACGAAAUAAAUCCAGAAUUCGACAAGUCGAAUGCUAAAAAGGCCAGGACUCUUGCAAAAGGAGAUGAAAUUUACUUUGUCAUUGGAGCUGUUGGUGCCCUUUUGGCUGGUCGUAAGUUUGCAUUUCGUACCUUUUAUCACGCACUAUUUGCCGAUAAGCACUGCUAACUUUUUCGUUUCUGUUUCCAAUUUUAGUGAUUUUUCCUGGUUGGGGUGUAAGUAGUCGCAGAUUGAACUAAUGUAUUUUUGUAUUCGCAAUAUGAUGAACAUUUGACUCAAAACAUACAUCACUCUCUUUGUUUUAUUGUCAAAAGUUCGCUUUUGCCUACAUGGUCGAAUUACUUUACUUUAACGUAGUAAUUUACUGUAACGAAGGCUCUGCGUUUCAGAUCAACCAGUUGAUUUAUCCACCGGUGGCUUCUCCUUUUGAAAACUGCCAACAAUACUGGGAUUACGUUCGAGAUGACAUGCGAGAGAAAUCUUUUACAAUUUCUUACAUCUACAUUGGUUUGAUGGUCGCUGCACUCUUGGGAAAUAUACUUGUUUUCUAUGGAUUCGGAACCGCAACAGAGCGUAUGAAUAAGAGAGUUCGAGACGCUUCAUUCAAUAAUCUUGUUCGACAAGAGGUUGCGUACUUUGAUACAAGACCUGUUAGUUCUAUAACAUCCCAGUUGAGUGAUGAUGCAGCAAUGAUCCAUUCUUUUUCGGGAGAACCGGUUCGCACUUUAGUCAUGAACACCGCCAGUGUUCUUGUUGGUUUGGUUGUCUCCUUUGUUUAUAUGUGGCCAUUUGCAUUCGUUGCCCUCGGCGUUUUACCCUUCAUGGCAUUGUAAGUCGUUCUUCUAAUCCACUUGAUUCGAAAUCAUGCGAUGGAAUAUUUGUUACCUUUUGCUUACAUUUCAACUAAAUUAUAUCUUUUGUCCUUUUUCUUGAAUAUGAAGUGUAAGAUAUUAUUUCGUCAGAACAGUGAAGUAGUCGAAAGAAUGUCAACAUUUGUAUAUCACUU